AAAAUUAUCAAACUUCGUCAUAUACAUUGGCUCAUGUUGUGCAAUUAAAAUUAUAGUUUUCAUGCAAUUUCGUUUUUAGUUAUAAUAAUAAUAACAACUAGAAUAUUAUAGAAUCAUUCUGUACUACUUAUAUAUAUAAUAUUCUGUUAAUAAAUUAAAAUGCGGCUUGUAGACACAAGAAAACUUUCGCAACUUCAAAACAAUCCAAAAAAUAUUCGAAAUAUUUGUAUUGUGGCACACGUUGAUCAUGGGAAAACUACAUUGGCUGAUUCCUUAAUAUCCAGCAAUGGUAUAAUAUCACAGAGGAUGUCUGGAAAACUCAGAUACAUGGAUAGCAGGCCUGAUGAACAGGAGAGAGGUAUAACUAUGAAAAGCAGUAGUAUAGCUUUAUAUCACGCUGCAAAUGAAGAAGAGUACUUGGUAAACCUUAUAGAUUCACCUGGACACAUAGAUUUUUCUAGUGAAGUGUCUACUGCCGUCAGGUUAUGUGAUGGAGCUAUAGUUGUGGUUGAUGUUGUAGAAGGAGUGUGUCCACAAACAAGAUUAGCACUCAAACAGGCAUACUCGGAGAACAUAAGAGCAGUUCUUGUAUUGAAUAAAAUAGAUAGACUCAUAUUGGAAAUGCAACUGACACCAUUAGAUGCAUAUGUUCACUUGUCCCAAGUAUUAGAACAAGUUAAUGCUGUAAUGGGGGAGUUAUUUUCCACGGAAGUAUUUGAAAAUGAGAAUACUAAUAUUGAAAAGCAGAAAGAACAUCCCCCAGUUCAAGAAGACAAAGACUACUAUGAUUGGACAUCAGCUCUGGAAGACGCAGAUGACUCCACCCUUUACUUUUCUCCGGAACAGGGAAAUGUUGUAUUUGCCAGUGCUAUUGAUGGAUGGGGGUUCACCAUUCAUACAUUUGCCAAGUUAUUUUCUGCAAAACUUGGAAUCAAAGAAGAUUUACUAAGAAAAGUACUUUGGGGUGAUUUUUAUUUAAAUACAAAAACUAAACGUGUCAUGAAAGGUGCGCAAGAAAAAGCCAAGAAACCAUUAUUUGUACAAGUAAUACUCGACAACCUUUGGAGUAUUUAUGAAACAAUUGUAAGUAGAAAUGAGAAAGAGAAAGUGUCAAUAAUGUGUGAAAAAUUAGGUAUUAAACUCACUGCUAGAGAUCUACGGCAUACAGAUAAAAGAGUUCAACUACAGUCACUUAUGAUGCAGUGGAUUCCACUUUCGCAAACAAUACUCAAUAUGGUAUGUGAAAAGCUUCCUUCGCCAAAAGAAAUUAUAUCUGAUAAAGUUGAGAAACUGAUGUGUUCAGGUAUAGGAGAUUUUGAAGCCUUACAUCCUGAGGCACAAAAACUCAAAAAGGACUUCUUAGACUGUGAUAGUAGUGAUGAUAAACCUAUUAUUAUUUUUAUAUCGAAAAUGUUUGGUGUAGAUAAAAGUGUGCUCCCAGAAAAUAAACCUAAGUCUUUGACAGAAGAAGAGAUGGCAACAAGGAGAGAGAAAGCUAGGCAGUUGCGGGAACAACAAAAACUUAAUAAUACAAGUGUAGAACCUGUCCCAAUUGUUGAGCAGAGAAAGGAAGAUAUUAAUGAAAAUAUUGAUGAAAAGGCAGAAGAUAACAAAGAAUUAGAUGACAUAGAGCAACCUGCAUUUAUAGCCUUUGCUAGAAUAUUUAGUGGCAAAGUAAAAAGAGGUGACAAAGUAUAUGUUUUAGGUCCUAAACAUGACCCGUCCAAAGUACUUAGUAUUAAGGAUUUGAAAAUAGAUUUUGAUAACAAAUUAAAAGAUUUAAAUAGUGAUGAACAUAUCACUUAUGCUGAAAUCAAAUCUUUGUAUAUUUUAAUGGGCAGAGAUUUGGAAAGCAUAGAUGAAGCUAUUGCUGGUAAUAUAGUAGGUAUAGGUGGUCUAGAAGAGCAUGUACUUAAAACUGCUACAUUAAGUAAUACAAUAGCUUGUCCAGCAUUUAGCGAACUGCAAUAUGCAGCUGUGCCCAUUCUCAGAGUGGCUGUUGAACCAACGGUACCUUCGCAGUUGUCUCAACUAGUCAAAGGACUCAAACUUUUGAAUCAGUCCGAUUCUUGUGUUCAAGUGCUACUACAAGAGACAGGAGAACAUGUUUUAGUGACAGCUGGAGAAGUCCAUUUAGAAAGAUGUCUUGAAGAUUUAAAAAAACAAUAUGCGAAGAUACCUAUAUCUGUUUCUGAACCCAUAGUUCCAUUUAGAGAAACAAUAGUUGAACCGCCAAAAAUAGAUAUGGCUAACGAAGAGAUUGAUUCACAAAAUAUAGAUAGCAAAAAAGAGGAAGACCCAAUUAUCACGGUAUAUACAAAUAAUAAACAGAGUGGAAUAAAAAUAAGGGCUAAGCCCCUACCGAAUGAAAUAACUGCCCUAUUAGAUAAAUCAACUGAUCUCCUUAAAGCAAUAUCACAGCAUAUAAAAAAAUUACAAAGUAUUUCAAAAAAGGAAGAGCUAGAAACAAAACUUGAAGGACUUUAUUUAAAUGGAACGAAGCAUAAAUUGUCAGAUCGCAUGUUAAAACUGAUACAAGUUUUCGAAGAUGAAUUGCAAAGUAUAUGUACGAAACUAGGCCCUGAGUGGAAAGACUUUGUCGGCCAAAUUUGGUCUGCGGGUCCUAGAAAUUGCGGUUCAAAUUUACUUCUCAAUCACACAACAGAUUACAACACGAAGUUUAUACAUCACGAUAAAGAAAUCAAAGACGAUCCUAGGUUUGAAUAUGAGGGUAGUUUUGUAAAUGGCUUCCAAUUAGCUACUUUAGCUGGUCCGUUAUGUGAUGAGCCUAUGAUGGGGGUAGCUUUUUGCGUCGAAGAAUGGACGCUAGACAAAAACGAAGUAGAUGACUCUUCACAAACGUUUGGACCACUUUCAGGCCAAAUAAUGUCAGCAGUAAAGGAUGGAUGCAGGAAGGCGUUUCAGGCUCAACCUCAGAGAAUAAUGGCCGCUAUGUACUCUUGUGAUAUCGUCGUGGACCAAAAAGUAUUAGGCAAACUGUAUGCGGCGCUGGGUCGCCGUGGUGGACGCGUCAUCGCCAGUGAUCUCCAGGGUGGGUCGGCAUCGUUCAGAGUUCGCGCGCUAUUGCCCGUAGCUGAAAGCUUUAAGUUUGCACUAGAACUCAGGACGCACACGUCUGGUCUGGCCGCACCUCAAUUACUGUUCAGUCACUGGGAGGUAGUAGAUAUCGACCCGUUCUGGCGUCCGCGCACCGAGGAAGAAUACCUCCAAUGGGGAGAAAAAUGGGACGGAGUGAACCGAGCCAAAGCUUACGUGGACUCGGUCAGGGUCAGAAAAGGUCUCGCUACUGAUAAACAACUGGUCCAACAUGCUGAGAAACAGAGAACAUUGUCUAAAAAGAAAUAAUUGUAAAAUCAUGCGUUUAACAAAAA